CCCACCGGCCCCGGAAUCUGAUUCCCUCCCCUAAAAACCCCACCCACCCACCAUGCCUACCUCCCCGCCGCGACGCACGUUCGAGAAAUCCCGCACCGUCCGCCGCCGCUACCAACGCAGCAACAAGCGCCUACAGUUCAGCGCGUCCCAAAUCGCGCGCAUCGAACGAGAGGAGGAGCGCGAGCGAAAGGCCCAAACCCUCCGGGAGAAGGAGAAGAGGCGUGUCGCUAAUAGGAAGAAAAAGGUUGAGAAGGAGGCGAAGGCGCGGGAGGAGCGGCGCCGGAUGGGGAUUCCCGACCCGCAUGCUGCUACUGUGCCCUCUAGCCAGCCGCUUCUGUUUAACUUUUUGAAGAAGGGUGAUUCUGCGUCGGUGACUCCGGAGGCGGAGACGCCUGAUGAGGAGACGGAUCCGGGGGAGACUACGGAGGUCGUUGGGGAUGACGAGUUUUCUGCGUUUGAGGAAGAGGGUGGGGAAGAGGAGGAGUUUGGUGAUGUGGAUGUGUUGUUUGAGGAUCAUGUCCAGGGAGAUACAUUGGAGGCAGGGAGCGCGGGCGCAGAUGGACCUACGGAACACGAGGGCGACCGCGAAAGCCCCAGUGCAGAGGCUAAGGAGGAGGAUGAGUUCUCCGACUGUUCCGUUUUCUACGAUGAGGAUAUCCUGAAAAGGGUAGAAAAUGUAACGCCAGCGGUCGGCAUGAUGCAGCAGGAGCAGCAAAAGCAGCCGCCACCGCCGCAGCAACCUGGACGGCUCCCGAUCUCCCUACCCGGAGGGGAGUCAUUUUGCGACGACACGGCUAUUUUGCUCGAGGAGUUCAGCUAUGAGUUUGAUACCGACGAGGAGUUUGAACGAGAACUGGCCCAGUUGGAUGCGGUGUGAUCGUUCGUCUUGUGGACUCUUUCUAUUCCGCUAUAGAUAACUCGACCUCAAUCAUCCAUCGACGGGCGCUAUCCGACCCGACGGAGGGGAAACGCGCCGGUCGGAUGACGGCGGGGCUGUCGGCUUACACGUUGAUAAGCUGAUCAGCGGAGCUCCCCGCUCCUCUCAUGGGAGUCUUCUAAUUCGAGGAUAUUGUCCACAUAGAGGAGUGUAUUGGGCAUGUUGGUGGGUUUGCAUGAGCAUGAAGCGAUCCAGAACCCAG